AUGGUCCACAUCUCUCGUCUCACAUCGUACAGUCGAGAGGACGUGCGCAAGCUCUUGCUCAUUUUGCGAGAAUUUGUGCUCGUCUACAAGGACAAUAAGGUGUCCAUUAAUUACCAGAGCAGGCCCGUGGUUCUAUUCUUCGGCACUAUCAUCGCCACACUAGGGGUGGGUGCCUACUUUACUAUUCGGUCCUUGAUCAUCAAAUACAAUGAGUACUUGUACAAGCGGUCGCAGAACAGACCCCGUUUGAUCCGCCAACUGUCAACGAUCUUGAAGAAUGGCGCCAGAGAGAUUCAUGUUCCCAAGGGUAAAAACAGCACUACCCGUAUCAUCAUUCCAAAACCUAACAUGGACAGGUAUGCUGCGGACAAGUACCUUUAUAAGAAUUUCUAUAUUGAUCAGCGUUUGAAGCAGCAGAACAACAUCUUCAACCUGAAGUUCUUAAAUCAGAUCAUCAUCAUCUGGCGUAUUCUCAUUCCUAGAUUCUACUCCAAGAACACGUAUUUAUUGCUUUCCCAGUGCUUCUUCUUGAUCUUGCGUACGUGGUUGUCCUUGAUCAUUGCCAAGUUGGAUGGUCAGAUCGUCAAAAACUUGAUCAGUGCUAAUGGCAGGAAGUUUGUUCGUGAUUUAAUCUAUUGGAUCUUGAUUGCGUUCCCGGCUUCCUAUACGAACGCUGCCAUCAAGUACUUGACAAAUAGGUUGUCGUUGAGUUUCAGAACAAACUUGAUCAGAUAUAUUCACGACAUGUACUUGGAUAAAGUCAUGACCUACUACAAGAUUUCACUUAGUCAGAGCGAUCUUGAAAACAUCGAUCAGUACAUCACCAACGACAUCUCAAAAUUCUGUGACUCCAUCUGUGGCUUGUUCUCUAGCAUGGGUAAGCCUCUCAUUGACUUGGUCUUCUUCUCUGUCUAUUUGAGAGAUAACUUGGGAACCGGUGCUAUUGUGGGAAUCUUUGCAAAUUAUUUCGCUACAGCUUUCCUUUUGAAGCAGUAUACCCCCUCUUUUGGCAAGUUGUCUGCCCAGAGGACUCAAUUAGAGGGCCGUUACUACAACGAGCAUUUGAGUCUUAUCACCAAUUCUGAAGAAAUUGGCUUUUACAAGGGUUCUGUCAUUGAAAAAGCCAAAUUGAAGGAAACUUUCACGGGAUUGAUGGGACAUGUCUCCAAAGAGAUUAAUAUCUCUUUCUGGUACUCGAUGCUUGAAGACUACGUGUUGAAGUACACGUGGUCUGCCUGGGGUUAUGUGUUCGCAGGUUUGCCGGUGUUCUUAGAAGACAUUUGGCCAAAGGCUCAUCAACAUGUUGAUGAGGGUGAGCUGGCACCAGUGCCUGAAAAGAAGGCAAAGGUUGACGACAAGCAGAAUAUGAGACAGUUCAUUAUCAACAAAAGGUUGUUGUUGUCUUUAGCUGAUGCUGGCUCAAGAUUGAUGUACUCUAUCAAAGACAUCUCUGAGCUCACAGGAUAUACUGAUAGAGUUUUUUCCUUGCUUACGGAAUUGCACAAAGCACACUCACCAAAGUUUGAUUUUGGAUCUAGAUACGGCAUCGCCGACAUUCACGGCACUGUUCAGCACAACUACAGUGGAGGAGUCCGUUUCGAGCAUCUUCCAGUGAUUAUACCAGGCGUUGAAGGUAGCGAAGGUACCAAGCUCAUUGAUAAUUUGAACUUCCAUCUCCUGGGUAACAAGAAUCUUUUGGUUUUGGGGUCAAAUGGCUGUGGGAAGACCUCGAUUGCACGUAUUAUGGCAGGCUUGUGGCCAUUGUACUACGGAUUGAUGUCAAAGCCUAGUGAUGAUGAGAUAUUCUAUUUACCACAGAAGACGUAUUUCACCAACGGUAAUUUAAGGGACCAGAUCAUUUACCCCUCAUCUUACGACGAUAUGCUUGAGAUGGGAUACAACGAUGACCAUUUGUACCAUAUCUUGCGUGAAGUUAAAUUGGACUACUUGUUGACCAGAGAAGGCAACUUCAAUGUCAAGAAGGACUGGAAGGAUGUCUUCAGUGGAGGAGAGAAGCAGAGAAUGAGUAUUGCUCGUGUCUUGUUUAAGAAUCCUAAGUUCGUCGUUUUGGAUGAGUCCACCAACGCUGUAUCGACAGAUGUUGAAGACUACUUGUUCGAAUUGUUGCAGAAAAAGAAGAUUACUUUCAUUACCCUUUCCCACAGACCACUCUUGAUGAAAUACCACGACUUCAUUUUGGAGAUCAAAAAUGAGAAAGGCGAGCCCGACAAUUGGAUGUUCCACGAUUUGACCUCGGAAGAGAACUUGAAGACCAUUGACAACGAGAUCAGAGAAAUUGAAUCCAAGUUGGCCCAAGUAGAGAAGUGGGAGAAGAGGAAGGCAGAUAUCGAGAGGUACUUGGACGGCAAGUACGACGAUAUCAAAGAAGCAGAAAGCACUGAAAUGAGAGCAACAGCCUCGUUCGAGCUUUAA